GACUUCCACAAAUCGUUGACCUCUACAGUUAUGGUUGUUGGCCGUCAAACUCAGACUCCCCUGCCUCUGCCUUCCCAGUGCUGGGAUUAAAGGCAUGCACCACCACCGCCUACAAAACAAAAAAAAAGAAAAGAAAGAGUAAACAGGGACUAGGAGCCUGGUCCUCAGGGCGACAGGGAAACGCAUGUCUACACCUACAGGGAGAGACCUGGAGGUCCAGCUUCCAGGGUCAGGUACUCUGAGUCCAGAUCUCUAUUCUUGGGCUUUGUCACCCUGCCGGAGUCCAAGCAAGACUUCAUCUCCUGCCUCGGCUCCCCUUCCACUUUUUUUUUUUUUUUUUUUUUUUUUUUUGAGACAGAGUCUCUAUAGGUAGCCCUGACUAGACUAGAACUAACUAUGUAGACCAAGUUGGGCACCAGUCCCCCGAAAUCACAGUUGGCCCGCCACUGCCUCCUGGGCUCUGCCUACUUCUCCAACUCUCCAAACACCGCCCCAUCUCUCCAAACGGAUGGGGCAAUUCAGACGGCCCCCACCCUGACCCCACCCCUUCACGCCCCCCUCCCAGACGCUUCCAUUUCCAGGCCCUGACCUAAGACCACACCCCACCUGUGUUCCCCGCCCAACUAAACCUUACCUCUCCGUCCCAACACCUGUCAGAAUUCCCUUUCUGGUCCUUUCACCUUGGGGAACCCCACCUAUCAUAGUCCAUAGGACUCAGACCCUGCUGUUGGGAUGUCCCUAAGCCCGGUUCUCUUAAGCCCCUCCCUUCAACAACCUUCUUGGCUCCGCCUUAGCCACGCUUUUCAUCAAACAGACCACGCCCCUUAAAUUUUGCAUGUCCGACCCCGUCCCUCAUCUCCCGGUUCACUGAGGGGCUAGGCUCCGCCCCUCUGCGGCAGGUAGAGCUCCAGACUCAAGGUCUCUCCCAGCGGGGCCUCCCCCAGGCCCAACCCUCUUCCCCAGCACUCCCGGGGGAGGUGCCCAAGGCCGACGUGCAGUAAAAAACACUUUCUCCCAAGUUUUUGCGCAUUUUCCACGUCCUAUCUGAUACCUGCACUCACCACCCCAGGACUCCGGAAGGCCUACUGCUGCCUCUCUUUCUCCAUCCCAGGCCUGCGCCAUGGGCCGCUCGUACGGAGGCCGGGUACUGGCCGCGAUGACCCUUCUGGGCAUCCCGGCCGCGGUGCUGGUCGCGCUGGCUGCGCAGCUGCUGUUCCAGCUCCAGGCAGGGCGCGCGGAGCUGCGGGGCAUACGCACCGACGGGCUGCACCCGGAGCUGGACCCCGAUGCCGGGCUACCCGAAGCUGCGGCUGGGGCAUUGCUGCCGCUGGCGACGGCGCUGGCCGCGUUGGCACAGGUCCUCGGGCUUGGCUGCUUGCUGCUCGCCGCGCUCUGCGGUCACCUGGGCGCGGAGUUGGCACGCGGGCCGGGGCCGGGCAGGUCGGACUGGUUUCUGUAUGACUGCCGCCUCCUCAGGCACUCAGCGCUUGGCCUGUUCUGCUGUGGGGUCUCCGUCUAUUUAGCAGCGCUGGCCAUUUAUGCCCUGCUGCUGUUCGAGAUCGAGGCGGGCGCAGCAGCUGCAUCCAUCCUGGGCUCUGGCGCCCUCAUCCUGGUGGCGAUAAUGACCCACACCCUGUUCCGGGCUGUUCAGGCCACUCGUCGGGGUCUCCGGGAGCUGCCCCCACCAUCCUCUGAAGAUGAGCCAGCCCGGUCUUCCGAAGACUCCAAAGCUGGUUGUAGAGCUCAGCCCCAGCAGGGUACCCAUUGCCAGAUCUUUUAUAACCCCUCCCAAGAGCUUGGGGACCCCCCUGGGUCCAUGGCCACUUGUAUCACAUCUGCAGUCUUGGAGAGAGCCAGUGAGAGCAGUCUGCUUGCCUCUCACCUGCCCCAGACAUUGCGUAGCAUGGGCCCCUGGGACGGGGUCACUUAUGAGAUGCAUGGCAUGCUGGGCCACAGGCCACCGGACAUGGGAAAGGAUGCCACGCUGGUAUGAGCUGGGAACCAGGGGCGAGACAACAGACAAGACGACACAGAGAUAGGUCCAACUCAGCUACUGCAGACAUGGGCCUUCCUCUUCAUUUAUGGAAUCCUUGGUUUAUGUCAAAGUUACCCAAUGACACAAAACAGCUGCCAGUGCUCCGUGCUAAAGAGAUAAGCAAAGGCCAGGCAUGGGAGGUUUCCUAGAGGCAUUUAAGACCUUGCAACAUUGUGCCUGCAUCUCAUUUGGCAGACACUGUCAAAUAACUAAACCUUAGUGUGGGGGGGGGGGGAGGCUAAGGAAUGGAACCCACGGGGUCUUUUAUAGGUGUGGGGGAAGGGGGUCGGCUUGUGUUCUGAUGCUCAAUGGUUCUCUAUCCGUUCUACAGAUGAGGAAACGGAGACCCCAGUAGGGGCUGUGACUCACCAAGGGUCCCAUUUCUGAGCAUCAGAGCCUGGACAUGCACCCAGGUCUUGUGACCCCACUCUCAUGAUCCUGGAAGAAGGCUCAAGUCUUAGACUUCAAUUCUCUGGUGUUCUCUGGGAAAAUGCGGACAUUUGAACCUUAAAUGUAGAACUCAGAGCAGCCUAAGGCCAGGGGCAUUCAGGGAUGGCUGGGGUUUAGCUGUGAGUCCAAGACUGAAUGUGUCUCCUUGCUAUAUCUCUGUUUCCUUAUCUGCAAAAUGCAGACAGGGGAAGAGACACAGGAAGAUACACACAGUAAGCCCUCACUUCAUAUUAGCCAUGUAUCCUAGUUGUAUUGUUGCUGUGACUAUAUGUUUGACAAGACACUUAAGGAAGCAAAGGGCUAGCUCUGGCUCAUAGCUCCAGGCUGAACCCCACUCCUGGAAUCAUUUGUCUUUGUCAAUUAUUUCUGUUGCAGAGAUAAAACACCCUGACCACAGUCACUUAAGGGAGCAAGGACUUAUUCUGUCUUGCACUUCAAGGGUGUGGUUCAUCAUGGCAGGGAGGGAGCAGUAGACAUUGGGCCAUGUGACCCCCCCAGUCAAGAAUCGGGGAGAGAGAGAGAUGAAACCCACCUCAGGUCCCCGUAGUCCAUGGGCUGGUGCUGCCCAUAUUUAAGAUAGGCCAUCCCAUCUCACUGAAGUCAGUCUGGAAACUGCACCGGACAUGCCCAGAGAUGGUCUCCAAGGUGACUCUAGAUCUGUUUGGGUUGAUAAUCAGUAUUAACUUGCUGUUGUUGGCACAUGUGUGGAAUCAGGAGACUGUCUCCUUUGGGAAUGGAAGGGGCACACUGACCACAGAGAUCUCCACCCCUCUCCCAACUUGCACAACUGCAGGAAUAAACUCAGAUAGUGGCUUCA